CCUUUUUUUUGUGUGAUGCCAAAGUCUUUUUUGGAUCACACAACACAAACCAACACACUCUGUGCUAAUCUGUACCGUACUCUCUCCUCAAAAAACAUCACACAGAUGGCGAUGACGUCAGCAGCUACCGGAUUUAUUCUGACGGCCAAUGUCACGGCGGCUGUAGUCGGCGGCGGCGGUUCUUCGAAAAGCGCCAUCGUCGUCUCUUUCUUGCCAAUGAGAAGCUUCGGUUCGAGGCUAGUAGUCCGAGCGGCGGAUGAUGCAUCUCCGGCAACCCCAUCGUCGGAGCCUUCUUCCACCACCACCGCCCCUGCUGCUGCUGCUCCGAAGGAAGCUCCGGCCGCCAAAGCUAAACCUCCUCCGAUUGGCCCCAAGAGAGGAUCCAAGGUUAAGAUUCUAAGGAAAGAAUCCUACUGGUACAAGAACGUUGGAUCAGUUGUGGCCGUCGACCAGGACCCGAAGUCCCAAUAUCCGGUUGUGGUUCGGUUCUCGAAGGUGAACUACGCCAAUAUAUCGACCAACAACUACGCACUGGACGAGAUCGAAGAAGUCAAAUGAGAGACUUGGUCUGUACCAGUCUCUAAACUGGUUUGUCUGUUUUGUAAUUUUGAACCAAACCGUAUCAGUAUGUACCAAAAAGUUUAUCAACUUUUACAAUCUCAAGAUCGAUUUCCCA